UCUACGCUGUCGAUCACCGUUUCCAGUGGCCCUUUUUCGCCUGAUAACCACCCAGCAUCCAAAUUCAGGAUGAAGAUCGACCUCCCCUUGACCUUGGCCCUCGUGGCAACGACAGGAAUGACAGCAGCACAGAGGGUCAGGGUCGAGCUGUGUAGAGUGGGGUACCAUUGCAAUGCCGAUAUCGAUUGCCAGGCAGAUCCAGAGUGUCAAAAGAAGGCAGAGGGUAUGGACCAGAAACUAAAGACCAUCGCGGUUUACUGCCAUGAUCUCAAGCAUCGCUGUGAAGUCGUAUGGCCAAUUAAGAGUUGAAAGGGAUAAUUUUUAAUUAUGAAACAAAUCAAAAGUGAGCCGGCAGAGCGGCAGGGAAGUUUGUGGGCGGUUUUUGCUAGAGAUACCAAAAUACAGCUCAACUUAAUGUUUUUUAUUCU